AUGAAAUGCGGUUUUGACGAAGAGUUUGCGAAAUUGCUCGCAAAACAUUUUGAGACGAAAACUAUUUUGCAGCGACAUGGUGUACUUCUCCUCGAUGAAAUUAACUUGAGGAAGUCAGUGGCCGUGUGUUCAAAAAACUUAACCUAUGUUGGAUUAACUGACUUCGGUAACGAUGGGCCGCAAUCGACUAACUUGAAGAUCAAGCAACACAUGGUCUCGUUCUCAUGUUUCAGCCUCUUGCUGAUUCAUACACAACCAAACGCAGUGUUUGCUUCAAAAAAUCCUGUAAAGAGUGAUGAGCUUGCGAAGCUAGUUAUUAAAGCUAUUGUGUACCUGGAAAGGACCGGAGCGAAAAUUCACGGAGUCAUCGCCGACGGCGCAUCGACGAACGCAAAGAUGUGGUCCCUAUUAGGUGUCUCAGGUUCGAUGGAGGAUACAAAAACGUGGUUCACGCAUCCUGUAGAUGACGACCGAAAAGUUUUCGUCUUCUCUGAUGCGCCCCAUGUCAUUAAAAAUGUUCGGAACAGGUUGUAUAACAAGAAAAAAUUGCGGGUUAAAUUGUCCAACAAUUACAUAUGUUGGGAUUACAUUGCAGCUCUAUUCAACCUUGACAUCCAACAUGCUGGGAAUGCGAGGGCCUGUCCAAAGUUAACACAACGGCACGUUGUGUUAGACAGCACUUCGAAAAUGCGCGUUCGACUUGCGACACAGGUUUUUAGAAACUCUGUG